AUGGAAAACACUACGACAAUAGAUUCUGAAAGCGGCCUUGGGUUUGAUAAUGGUACAAAUAUUACAGCCGUCGCAAUUUUUAUCAUCAUCGCUAUUCUUAUCUUCGUGAGCAACAUUCUGGUUUUAGUUGUCCUUCAUAAAGGACGUUAUCUAUUUGAUGAGGUCAUGGUGCUUCUACUUCAGAUUCUCGCUUACUCCGAUCUCAUAGGAGGCAUGAUUGCAUCACUUCUGACAGCUUCUAUCCAACUCCUGGAGGUAACUCCUGCUUCUCGUAACAUCUGCAGAAUGACUCCUAUGGUAACAACCUUCAUGGUCAUGCAGUCGCUUUACAUCGUUGGUCUCGUGAAUUUCUUUCGCUAUCUGUCGAUCACUCGUCCGUUGUUUUAUCUGAGGAGCAUGACAGUUUCUCGUGUACGCGUAUCGGCUGUGACCCUUAAGAUUUACGUCUUGCUGAACACGUGUGUUCUCCUGCCAGUUCAGGGGUUUCCUUUCAAGGAGUCCUUCGAUGGCAUGUGUGGUCCAGACCGGUUAGAUGUCCUGCAUCAUAAUAGGCCAUCCGAAGACGUCUCACAUGGGAACAUAACUGCUCUGGUCUUCGUAGGAAGUUCUUUCCUGCUGCCUCUGUGCCUGCUGACAUUUGUGAAUGCACGUUUGCUAUGGGUCGCCUGUCGUAUCAGCCGUCGCAAGAAAGACCAACAUCGAGCUGCUCAUGGUAACCUCAAGAGCAGUGUCUCCAAUAGCAAGGGUUAUUCUGGAAGUGGACACCAGGAAGAAGAUCACCGACAGAUUCGGAAACGGCAUCACCGGAAGGGCCUUAAAGGAUUUCUGACGGUGUUUCUGAUGACAGGGUCGUUUUAUAUGUCUUGCAUACCUUUUGCCAUCCUGACCGCGCUUUCUGUUGUAAAACCGGAUUUACAAUUCGUGUACGGCUACGGAUGGAUGGUGGCACUGAUGCUCAUGAUGAGCAAUUCUUGGUGGAACGGACCCAUUUACCUGCUAACAUGCAGGACUUUCCGAAAGAAGGCGUUGGAGAUACUGACUUGUAGAAGUUCAAGGAGAGAAUCAUCGUUCCAAGAAAACGAGCAGACUCAUGUACCUCAGUUAGUUAAGCAGCGGCCUCAAGCCUCUUCAAUUGAAAGCAAGUAA